AUGUUCAAACUAUUCAAUUAUGGUACAAAAGUGUACCAUACGGUUUGCAAAACAGUGAUACAAAAACGAUCAUUUCUAUCUGAAACAUACCGGUGUGAAGAAGCAUGGAAAGCUCGGUUAGAAUUACCAUUAUUGAAAAAAGUUAACCCGCAACAGUUGUUUCUAACUUUAGACCAUAACUUUACUAGUAAAGGAAAAGUUAGCGCAGUUGACAUUGAUAUAUUUGCGAAUACUAUCGCGGACAAGCAUCAGAGCGAGGAACUGCUUUACACACUUCAUCACUUAAGGUUAAGUGCAGAAGCAACAAAUAUUUUAGAAUCAACACACCAUGCAGUUAUAAGAUUUUUGUUAGAUCAUGAUUGCACUACAGACCUUGUAAAUAUCUUACACGACAGACUCAAUUAUGGUAUUUUCCCUGAUUCUCUCUGUUAUAAUAUUCUUAUGGAUACAUAUCUAAAGAAGAAGGAUUAUGCUAAUGCAGCUAAGAUUGCUGUUUUACCCAUGCUCCAAGAAGACACUGAAAAUCCUAUAACCAAUGCAUUAUCCAUAUAUUCUUGUCAUAAAUAUUUAGAAAAUCCUGAUGUUUGGCAAAAACCACCAGAGCCAGUAGAUGAUUCUAAAGAAGAGAUUAAAGUACGUGUUGACUAUCUUAGAAAUCCUUACUUUGAUGAUCACUUUGAUCUCACAGAUCCAAGGGAUUUAGUAGGAAAAACAUUAGCUUUUCAAGGUAAAGCUAUGAAUAACACAUUGGGAAGAACCUGUUGUUUAAGAGGUUUGAUAUUAUAUAAAAAAUAUCAGGAUGUAUUGAAAUUAAUACAACAAUGGAAAGAUGAAGUUGAAGAAGAUAUUGUUUAUGAUGAGGUUUUCACAUUGAUAGGAGAAGAUAAUGCACAUAUACCCAAAGAACAAAUACCAAAUGAGUUAGAGAAUUUAAUGUCUGAAGUUAAUGCAUUGAAAGAAAAAAAAUUAUGUAAAGAUAAUAUGACUGAAGUAUUAGAAAAUAAUGUUAAAUCUGCAGUCAAUAAACAAUCUGAAAUUGAUAUGAAUGAACAGUUGAAAAAAUAUACCGAAUGGGAAAAGCAAAGAGAAACAGUUCUAAACAAACAGUUAGAAGAAAUAAAUAGACAGGCUAGGAUACAAAAUAUAAAUGAAAUGAAGAAGGAUUUAGAAGAACGUGAAAAAUUUUUAACUUACUUUGAAAAGGAAGAAGAAAUGGAACUGGAAAUAGAGAGGCUUGAGACAGCUGAGAAGAAGGAAAUGGACCGGGUUCUCAGAAAACAUCGUGCUGCAAAAAAAUUGAGAGACUUAAAACACGAGGAAGAAUAUGUACCACCUACUAUCUGAAAUUAGAAAAAUUAAUUUUUAAUAUAUUUAUGAUUGACAGACUAUAUAAUAAAUCGUAUUUCUAUAAAUCAUUUUUAUAAGAAACACGAGGCUAAGAAAUAAGAAAUAUAUGUUAAGUGUGAUAUAUCUUUUAUAUUUUGUACAUAAUCGCUUAAAAGUACUUUUUUUUUUGUAAUAUUUAGUAUGUAGAUUUAUAACAGCUUUCUUUGUAGGUGCUUAUUUCUGAGAAAUACGAAAAUUAAUUGUACAUUUAAACAUUAUGCUAAAAAAUUAUUAGGCUCUGUAACAAAUGAUGUUUCAUUUGAGCAUUAAUAUUUAAAUGAAGUUAUGUUAUAUGCUUGGUUCAAUCAUAUUCAUAUUUCAUAUUUAUAAGUUUGAACCAAAGCACACAUUUAGCAAUUAGUCUUAAUAGGUUUACCUUUAAAUUCUGCACUGUUUAAGACUAUAAAAUUUGGUCUUCGAAAUCGUACUCGUUUAUAAGGAAUGUCCUAUAAAGAUUAAAAUUGAAUUUUUGUUUAUCUCAUAAACAACUUUUUAACGAA